AAAAUGAAUACGUACAUUGGAUGCUUCCAAGAUGGACCAACAAGACUGUUUCCUGUAGGACCAUACACUAAAUGGAAUAAUGAAAUGUCGACCAGCAUCUGCUUUGACUAUUGCAGUUCGAAAAACUAUAAAUAUUUUGCAACCGAGUAUGGAAGCCAAUGUUUCUGUGGUAAUGGGGAAAAGCUCAAUUCCAGUCAAUAUCCAUAUAAAAAGAAAACAGAUUGCAACAUGGCAUGCAUAGGGAAUGCAAAACAAAUAUGUGGUGGCAAUUGGAGAGCUUCUGUUUAUAGAAUAAAUCACAAUGGUCAAAAUGGUUCGACAACAUAUCAUACACCAACAAGUCAGAAACAGAUAACAUCUGAUAAAGGUACUUGUGAAUAUUACGUUAUCAUAUUCAUCAAUGAGUAA